AUGGCCUCGAGUGACUCUGCCAUCGAGAAGCUCGACGACUUUCUUUCCCGGUUCCUGGCCGACUGGGAUAUCUACACAACAGGACUAGCCGCUCUCUUGGUCACUUAUGUAGGCUAUGUCACUUUCUUCUCGAAAGACCCAGAUGCGCACCCUUACAUGCUAUCCCGCCAAGCAAUCGAAGCCCCAAUUCGACAGCCUGGAGAAUCCGCAACGUUUCGGGCUCUGGACGCGCCUCAUGGCUAUCCUCUCAAAAGCGGGUUGGGAGUGAAGGACCCGGAAACACCGAAAUGGUCAUAUGGGAGAAAUGGGGAUCUUCGUGAUAUCUGGAGAAGUGCCGUCAAGGGAUCAUUGAACCCAGACGGAACAACCAAAGGGAAGCGUGGGAAGAUAUACACUGUUUUAGGGAAAAACGUUGAAGAGCGGGAUAUUGACGAGAUCUCCAAAGAGAUCAACGCUCUCGGGCAAUAUAUUCGCGGUUUAGAGGCACAGAACGUCGCCAUCUGCCUUUCGGACUCUGUGGAAUUGCUUGCUACACUCUUCGCUGGUGCAUUCUACGGCUUCCACACUACCAUAAUUCCUCAUAACCUGCCCUCAGAAGAGCUAGCGGCCUAUCUCCAGCAAGCCAAAGCGGACUUUCUAAUUGCCGAAGCUGGUGCCGUCGACCUCCAGGUGUUGUCAAAGGCCCGCACCUCGUUGAAGAACGUGGUUUGGGUAACAAAAGGAGGAAAUAAACACCUUGACUGGAAUCAAGAGCCAAAUGAAUUCGAUGGCCGGGUUAAAGUAGCCGUUUGGAACGACCUGGUCAAGGAGAAGGGUAAAUUUGUCGGCUCAGAAUUACCACCCUCUGAUCCCAAAAUGCCUGCACCUUCGGUAACUACACUCUGGUCUUCUGCCACCGGCCCUGGAUCUUUUGUUGAAUAUACAGCCGGAAACUUGAUUUCUGCCGUUGCAGCUCUCGGAAGCUCCCUUCCGCGGAAAGAAAGGAUCAAGGAUUCCGAUCUGUUUCUCUCAGUUGACUCAUUGGCCCAUACUUACGCGCUUUGCUUGACCCUCGCCGCCCUCUAUGCCAAUGCUUCUGUUGCCCUUAAUUCCGUAGCUGGGGAAGUUGUCGACCUGGCACUUGCUACUGCUGGCAUUUCACCUACCAUCAUGGUUGCGUCCUCGCACACCAUUUCCGACUACCAUGCUCAACGUAUGGGCCCUUCAAUGGGUCCAAUCACCAAUAUUGGACGAUUCUUCCAAACCCGAUCGUUAGACUCUGGUGUGAUGCCAACACGGAACUGGCUCUGGCGACUUUCAAGCGCAGCACCAACCGCCGAGCUUUCGCUUGAUAAACUCCGAUUAUUGUUCAUUUCGCAUCGGGCAGAUGGAGACAAACAAAACCAGCUCACCUCUGACCAGUUGACGGACCUAAGAAUAUUUACUGGAGCACGUGUCCUAUAUGCGCUUACCGCUAAGAGUGUCGCUGGGCCGGUGUGCCAGACACUACCAUAUGACUACAGGAGACAUUCUGGAAAUAGUCAUUUUGGACCGCCUGCAAACAGCGUUGAAAUAAAGCUGAUUGGGCACAAGGAAACUGGCAGUGAUGAUCGAGCAGCGAAGGGAGAGUUGUAUGUGACGGGGCCUGCUGUAGUCUCUGAAAAGGCAUCGCUUGGCGUGAAGGCUCAUAUCCGUGAUGAUAAUACGCUUAAACUCUGUGACUAG